CAGAUGACGCAUUUAUCUAUUCCGUUUAAUGUCAAAAAUACCUUCACAGUUUGGAUCAUUCAGACAAAGAGCGAUAAAUAAUUUUGUUUUUUAAUUGUUAAUAAAUUUCUUUGUGCAAAAUGUCUUCGAGAAAAAAGGUUCUUUUGAAGGUAAUUAUUUUGGGUGACAGUGGAGUGGGGAAAACUUCGCUAAUGAAUCAGUUUGUCAACAAGAAAUUUUCCAAUCAGUACAAGGCUACAAUAGGCGCAGAUUUUCUCACGAAGGAGGUAAUCGUUGACGAUAGAAUUGUCACAAUGCAAAUUUGGGACACUGCUGGUCAAGAGCGAUUCCAAUCAUUGGGGGUGGCGUUCUACCGUGGGGCGGAUUGUUGCGUAUUAGUGUUUGACGUAACGGCUCCGAACACGUUCAAGUCCUUGGAGAGUUGGCGAGAUGAAUUUCUCAUACAGGCGUCGCCUCGUGAUCCGGAAAACUUUCCCUUUGUGAUUCUAGGUAAUAAAGUGGAUUUGGAUAAUCGUGCUGUUUCAGCUAAACGAGCCCAGCAAUGGUGUCAAAGCAAAAAUGAUAUCCCAUAUUUUGAAACCAGUGCCAAAGAAGCUGUAAAUGUGGAGUUAGCAUUCCAAACCAUAGCACGCAAUGCACUGGCCCAAGAGACCGAAGCUGAACUCUACAAUGAGUUUCCAGAUCAGAUCAAAUUAAAUGCUAAUGACAAUGGCCGCAACAGAGAUGGAGAUAACUGUGCUUGUUAGGCUAUUGUUAAAUUUCCAAUUAUAGCAAUACAUAAGUGUCCCACUAUUUUAUAUAAAACUGAUACAUAGAUUAUUAUAAUCAUAAGCAGUUAUUACUUCAAUUUUUGUAACAUCAUGUAAAAGUGUACAGGUGUGAAUGAAACAUUCUCCAUUUGGCUAUUUCUUUUUUAUGCACUUAUAUAUUAUGCAUAAUCUUGCACUUCCAAAUGAUGUGUGGUUAGCAUGGUCACAUAUUUAUUUCUCAUGAAUAAAUUUCCUUCAACCCUGGUACAUAUAUAGACACUAAUUUUUAUCUUGUUAUUAAUUUAUAACAUUUAUAUUGUGUUUGAUUGUUAUACUGAAAAAUGGUAUACACUUUGUAUUUAAAACCCAGUAAGUUAUUGUUAUUGUCAUUCCUGGUAUAAUUAUACAUAAUUUAAUGGGUAGUAUAUUCUUAAAAAUGUGAUAUAUUGAACAUCAUAUUUGCCUAUAAAGAGCCUUACAAAUUGGUUUUAACUAAAUAUUUUUUAAAACAGCAUUGGAUACUCGUUUAAGAUCUGCCAAUGGGCACCUACUCAUUUUAAAUAUAAAUGCAAAUUACAUACAGUCAUGUUUAUCUUAAACACUGAAUAUUUCUGUAUAUAUUUGGAUUUUAUAAAUUAGAAUUAAGUAGUUAAUCAAGUGGUAAUGGUAACAUUACUCUGCAUUUUUAUAAUUCAUAUUAAAAUGGGCACUGUAGGGUAAUUUUCAUAAAUGAUAAAUUUAACAUUUAUUAAGGGUAUAUAUUAUAUAACAUUGCAAGAAGUGUUUGUGUACAGCUUGCAUUAAAGAUUUGAGUGUUGUAGAUUAGCUAUUAUCACCAUCACAGCUAUGGCCUUAGUUAAGAUUGUCAACAUUCAUUUUGGAAUAUAAUAAUUAUAAUUUAUCAAAAGUUAUGGAAACAUAAUUUGGUUCAAAGCAAAAAUAUAAAAUUACGAUUAAAAUUAUUUGAUUUCAUGGCUGCUUUUUUAUGAAAAAUGUUUGUUAUAAAUA